GGGAGCUGGUAGCUGGGAAUACCAAUAGUUUCCUGUUAGUGUUUUUCUCCCUCACAACCCUACUGUCCAAAAAUUAAUUUGCUACUGAUGGUAACUGCUCACAAGGUGUCUUUCAAAGUGCAUCAGACGAUUACCUACCCUGACCUAUAUGACAAAUCGGACAAACGUUUUAUCACGCUUUUGAGAAGUUCAAUUAUAUCUAAGAAUAUCACCAGUGGUACCCAGCGCACCUUUCCUCUGGUAAGGGUUGCAAGGACAGCUAGGUACGUUUCAGUACGUAUCUCUGUGCAGUGUGCGGACAUCGUGCGUUACUGCGUACAGCAAGGAACCCAGAUAAUGUCCUGGCGCCAGCAAAAGGAGACGGAGCCACUUGCGAAAGGAGACAGCGCCUGGCGAGGUGAUGGUUGUGAGGAACAGCGGGAAGCUGAGCGGCCUUUACAACUGCCAAAGUUGGUCGACGGAAAUCACUUGAUGGUUCGUUCCGCCAGUUUGUUUAAAGGUGGACCUCGCACUCUGGAGGUUCCGGAAGUGGUGGGCUUCUACUCUGUGGAUAGUGAGAAGAAAGUCCACUUUGAUGACUCAGCAAUGUCUGUGCUCAGUGAAAAGUAUAUUCCCCAAGAAAAUGAACGCAUGAAGGUGGAGCUGGACCUAAACAAGGGUAAGGACCAAUAUAGGGAAUUUACAACAUCAACGACUGACAUUUUCAGACAAUUUCUGCAAUGGAUUCUUAAGAACCAAAAGGAACUCACAGAUGAAAACUCUCCCAACAAACUGAAGGCUGACAUUGUGGUUGCAAGAGUAAUACUACAGAAUAUCAUGGAGGCCCCUUACGCAAGCUCUGCCCAAUUUUCAAUGAUACUAUUUGCACAAUAUUUCAAGGGAUCUAUAUACAUUGAUUACCCUACAUAUGGAGAUGAUGAUGAUGAUUAUGAUGAAGAGGAAGAAGAAUAUGAAGAGAUAGAGGUGGAUCCUAUCUUAGGAGUCUAUGGUCACAAGUUUGAGCAGUACAUGACAGGAGGAGAUCCUAAUGAAGUUGUGCAUUGCAAUCGUCAGUUCCGCUGCGUCCUGAAACAACACCUAAAUGAGAUGACACUACUGCAUCAAAUUACCACUGAUGCAAUAGACCGAUCCCGCCACCAAGAUAACUUCAAAGAUAUGAGCAGCUUUGUGUCACUGAAGGCUUGCGUUGAACGUUUCAAGCCCAAUAAAAUAAGAAACUUCAGAAAAUACACUCUCCGUGGAUGGUGGAGUGAAAGCCAGCUGUCUGGCAUCGCUAGGGUACUGAAGGGCACCAGAAGCCAAGAUGGCAUAGUGCACACACUGGAGAUGCUGCAGGUAGCUGACUUACCAGACCUGGCAGGGGGUGAGUGGGAACCGUCAGUCUGCAUCAACUUUUUGGUCAAGUUCCUCAACUUUGUCAAGGAAAAGGUGCUUGCUGAACCAGACAGAGUGCAUUGUUUUUAUAGGCCACCUUCAGCAGGACACUGCUUCCUUCAUUUAUAUGGACAAAAAGGGACAGAAAUCCUUCCAGAUUGGUAUACUCAGCAUCUUUUUGUCUCAGAAGAGGAAAAUAAUUAUUGAGGUGGUGACGUGUAAACCUUCCAGCCAUACAUACUUUUCUCUGAUACUGGCUGGUGUUUACCAGGGAGGAAGGUUGAUGUCUUAUGCUGUAGCAAAGGCUGUACAUUUUCCACCAUAUAUCUACAUAUUCUAUCUAAGUCUGUUUAGCACUAUAAAAUAUAUUUCUGCAAUUUAUGACAUGAAUUUCCAAUAGGUUAACUUUUAAUGCAUAUGUUUGUGGAACAACUUUAAGUGCCUGCUCAAUCAGAAUUUGUUUUACCUAAUUCCAUAUUAAUAUCAUCUGCUAAAACUUGUACCUUUUCAAUCAACUCAUUCAUUUUGCUUUUAUUAAUUUGACCAACAUACUCACACUUUUUUUCAGUAUUCCAUUUUCCUGGCUUCUCAUGUUUCAAAACUAGUUGGGUGUCAGAAUUUCCAUGAGUUUCUUUGCUUAGACAUUUAAAUCUAAAUUUUGUGUGUAACCCACAAUGUACAUCCGACAAUGCCGGAUCAAAGUCAAGUACCUUAAAUGUUUCUACCAGUUGCAUUAUAGAUGGCUACUCUGAAAGGAUGUUGUGAGGUCUACUAUUAUGUGUGGUGAUCCAUUGUUAAAGUUUCUCUUCAUGGAGUGGUAAUAUUAAAACUUGAAAUUCCUAAAAUAUCAAUUGUAUUUACAUGCUUUUAAUGUAGCUAGGGCUGUGAUAGAAUUAAUCUCUCUCUCUCUCUCUCUCUCUCUCUCUCUCUCUCUCUCUCUCUCUCUCUCUCUCUCUCUCUCUCUCUCUCUCUCUCUCUCUCUCUCUCUCUCUCUCUCUCUCUCUCAUAUGUGUGAUUCAUGCAAGGCUCUGUGUAAGUCAUGGUGAUAGAAGAUACCUGUCUGAUGGAUGCGACCUGAGCCAAGUAGUGGUGAAGACAAUGCUGUGUCUUGUCCUUUGCAUUUUUUAUUUACUUAUAUAUAU